AUGGAACAGCAUCGUAUUCGAACAGGAAAAGUCCGUGUUGAAAAAGUUUCACGUCGUGAUCGAUCAACUCAUCGUAAAUGUUCAACAUCACUAACACGAAUAACUUCUGUCAAACAUAUUUCUAUUCGGUCAGCUAACAGUGUUCGUUCAUCUUCACCAAAUAGAAAAAUAAUCAAAGAUCAUCAUUAUCAAAAUAAUUCAUCUGAUCAUAUUUUCGACAAAUCAGAACAAUCAUCAGUACGAUCAACGAACACUGUGAAUUCUGUUCGUGUGACAAAAGUUCAACAUGUGCCAUCUGUGUUUCGACCAAAUCCAGUUCCAUGUACAAACAGCUCAUUUGAAAUACUUGCAAAAAGUGAAAUCAAUCUUAGUCAAAACGAGAUUAGCAGUGAACCAACGAAAAGUAUCAAAAAACCAUCAUUGGGAACAAUAGAAAACCUAAUAACACCGCUACACCAAGAUCGUCAUCUAUCAAAACAGAAAAGUCUCAAAACUUUCAUGAAACUAUGUUGUCGAUGUACACGAAAACGUGCAUUAUUAUUUUUAAUAUGUGUCAUACUUUUUGGUGUUCUUCUCAGCAUACUUCUUAUUAUUCUCUUACCAAAAUCCAAAUCAACAUCAAAUCAAACUUAUCGUAAAGUUUAUCUUCGAUGGAAUACAACUGGUAUUACAAUAUAUGGCACAACAGGUCUUAGAGGAAACACAUCAACACAAUUGUCCAGUCCUUUUGGUUUAAUAUUUGAUUCCGAUGAUAAUCUUUAUAUCGGUGAUCGUUAUAAUCAUCGUGUUCAAAAAUGUUCAAUUAGAAAUACAUCGUGUAUAACCAUAGCUGGUCAAGCAAAUGCUGUUUCAGGAACGAAUAUGAGUGAUCUGAAUGGACCAACUUAUCUUUUUAUGGAUGCAAAUAACAACCUAUACAUAGCAGAUUCAGGAAAUCAACGAAUUCAAUUUUGGACUUAUGGAGCAAAUUAUGGCAAAACGAUUGCUGGAGUAACAGGCUCAGCAGGUUCUGGCUUAAAUUAUUUUAAUAUUCCAUAUGAUGUGGCACUGGAUUCAAGAUCGAAUGCUGUCUAUGUUUCAGAUCAUAAUAAUCAUCGUGUUAUGAAAUAUGUCUUCGGAAAUUUAACCGGGAGUAUUGUUGCUGGCGGAAAUGGUUUUGGAACAAACAAUACACAACUAUAUCGACCUGCUGGUCUCGUUUUCGAUUCAUCAACAAAUGCUCUUAUUGUUGUGAAUUUCGGUGCCACUAAUAUUGUUCAAUGGAAAUUAGGUGAUUCCAAGUGGACAAUUGUUGCUGGUGAUUCGAAUGGAUUGAAUGGAAAUACAUCGACAUUACUUGAUCAUCCAACAGGUGUGACCUAUGAUCCAAUAGGUAAUAUGUAUGUGGCAGAUAUGUUCAAUCAUAGGAUACAAAUGUAUUCCAUUGAUCAAUCAAAUGCAACAACUAUUGUUGGAGUUUCAGGGCAACUUGGUACGAAUUCAGCUAUGCUUAAUUAUCCUGUAUCGGUUGCAUUUGAUCAUCAACUUAAUCUAUAUGUUGCUGAUUCAUUAAAUCAUCGAAUACAGAAGUUUUUACGUUAUUAG